AUGAUCGGACAGGUUCUUGCCGCCUUCGUGGCCAUCGUUGUCGCCCUCGCCGGGAAGGACAUCUAUCACUUCAUUCAGGGAACCCUACACCCGUUCUUCUCUCCUCUGCGCAAUGUGCCGGGCCCGCCCUCUGAUGCGAUCUUCAUGGGGAGUCUACGCGCGAUCAUCGCUGCUGAUCCUUGCGAGUUGCAUGUGAAGUGGGCGAAGCAGUACGGACCGGUGGUCAAGUACAAGAUGCUUCUCAACCGCGAGAGGUUGAGUAUCAUGGAUACUCGAGCUGUGGGACAUAUACUGGCCCACCCGAUGGACUAUGAGAAGCCUGCACCGAUCCGACAAGCGCUGAGUACCAUGCUGGGGAAUGGUUUGCUCUCUGUCGAGGGAGAGACACACAAACAGCAGCGACGCGUUAUGAGCCCAGCCUUUGGUUUGCCUCAGAUCCGUGAGCUCACUGGCAUCUUCCUCUCUAAGUCGAUACAGCUUCGCGACAUAUGGGCGACGAAGCUGCAGGAGAAGCAGCUCGAGACCAACCCGGACGAUUCAUCGUCUGGAAAGAUUGAAGUGCUUUCGUGGCUCAACAAGAUGACGCUAGACGUGAUCGGACUGGCAGGUUUCAACCACAGUUUCGACGCACUCAGUCCCAAUGAAAGUCAUCAUGAGCUCAAUGGAGCCAUACGAACUCUCCUAAAGAACUCUGAGAACCCUUCCACAUUAGACAUUCUUCACAUCCUUAUCCCAGCGACGCGUGUUGUUAAGAGCAAAAGAGACGUCGAGAUCACGGAAGCGCGCGCUAUCCUGGACCGAGUAGGGAAGCAGUUCCUUGCAGAGCGCAAGGCGGCUGUUCUCGCGUCCGGAGAGAGCAAGGUACAGCGCAAAGACGUCGUAGGAAAGGAUCUGCUAUCGUUGCUCGUACGCGACAACAUGGCAAGUGACAUCCCCGAGGACAGCCGUAUGACGGAUGAGGAAGUCCUAGCUCAGGUUCCUACUUUCCUGUUGGCAGGCCAUGAGACGACCUCCACAGCCGUGACCUGGAUCCUGUACGCGCUCUCUCAGAAUGCAAAGGCGCAAGAUAAGCUCCGGGAAGAGCUCCGCGCGUGCGACGGGGACGAGCCAAGCAUGGAGACGCUCAAUGGACUUCCUUACCUUGAUUGCGUCGUUCGCGAGACGAUGCGACUCUUCUCGCCAGUUUCGAACACCCUUCGCGUUGCGAUGAAGGACGACGUGAUUCCUACCGAGAAGGAAUGGGUCGACAACAAGGGCGUCCGCCGGACCGGAGUACCUGUGUCCAAGGGCGAUUCGAUCUUCCUUCCCUUCUUGGCGUUCUCGAAGAGCGAGGAGAUAUGGGGUGCCGACGCGAACGAGUGGAAGCCUGAGCGUUGGGCAAAGGGCGUCCCGCCAGCUGCCGCAUCUAUCCCGGGCAUAUGGGGCAACACCUUCUCUUUCUCCGGAGGAGCGAGGGCGUGCAUUGGUUACAGGUUCUCGGUCAUUGAGAUGAAAGCAAUCAUCUAUACCCUCAUUCGUGCUUUCAAGUUCUCUAUGUCUGUCGCCCCAUCGGAUAUCAAGUUCAAAUCGACUGCCGUUACGCGCCCGCAUCUCAAGGACAAAGUUAACGACGGCCCGCAAUUGCCGCUCUGGGUAAGCCUCGUAGACUCGGAGGCUGGAUACGUGCACGUCGCGUAG